AUAUUCCCAGCUCACUCUCACCUGCAUACUUUUCAUCUUCAAUUUCCCCACCGAUUCUGCAUUCAAUCCAACCACAGCCGCGGGCUCGUGAUUCCUCUCCUUUCCGCCAUGAUCGCCGCGCCUCAAUUAGCACCGGCUGCUUCUGGGUUUGCUCGGGCCUCCCCCUGCUCCUCCCGAAGGGCAACUGUCCGGUGUGCGGUGGCCGUCGCGCCGGCUGCUUCGGGCGGGCAGUGCACGCUCUACGAGGUGCUGGGGCUGCGCGCCGGCGCAACGGGCGGCGAGAUCAAGGCCGCGUACCGGCGUCUGGCGCGGGAGCUGCACCCGGACGUGGCCGGCGCUGCCGGCGACGAAUUCAUCAGGCUCCACGACGCAUACGCCACGCUCUCCGACCAGGACGCCCGGGCGCGCUACGACCGGGACGUCGUCGCCAACGCCUACGCGCAGCCGCCCGCCUCCAGGCCGUCGCCGCACAGCGUCUGGGGCCGGCCUCGACGCACCUGGGAGUCCGACCAGUGCUGGUAGAUAGACCAGACCUUCCUUUUAGUCCUUGUGAAUAGUACCUCACUUGACACAAUCGGCGCCCCGGGCUCUCUAGCCGCCGUGCGACCAUGGCCGCUCACCAUAGAAUUUUUGUUACGGUGACC